GGCUUUAGGACCCGGAAGCAGCGAGCGUGGUGUCGUAGUGAACGGAGCGACGUACAGCACGUACAUAAAGACAUUAGGCGAUGGCGCAGACGGGCUUUGGGCGAAGGUACUUCAAAGCUUUUGUUAGUGGCUUCUUUGUAGCCGUCCCUGUGACAGUGACUGUUUUAGACCGUCUUGCCUAUGUGGCACGCGUGGAAGGUGCCUCAAUGCAGCCGUCCUUAAACCCAGAUGGAGAGUCGUCACCUGAUGUUGUGCUGCUCAACCGCUGGAGUGUGAGGAACUACCAAGUACACCGAGGGGACAUUGUGUCAGUUCUGAGCCCGAAGGACCCUCGGCAGAAGAUCAUCAAACGGGUCAUUGGGAUCGAGGGGGACUUCAUCAAAACGCUGGGAUAUAAAAACCGUUAUGUAAGAGUUCCAGAUGGACAUCUGUGGAUCGAGGGGGACCAUCACGGACACAGUUUCGACAGCAACACAUUUGGACCGGUAAUCAAUGAAUUGGUGCUUACUAAGGACAAAAUCUCAUAGGCAUACACUGACACACUUAGGAAUGACAUGACAUAAACACUUUAGCAGAACCAUAGCAACAACCAACAGCACCCUAGAAUCAUGUCGGC